AUGCCGACAAUUAAAAUCCAUGUUAUUGGUCGCUCCAAUGAUGAUACGGUCGAAGUAACAGAUGACAAGAAUUACUCUAUUCAGGAAUUACAAAAACAAAUCAAUUACCGUGGAUUAAUUUGGUGGUACAAAGAUACCUUCCUUCAAGAAGGUGACAUUUGUCCCAUUCUGGAUGAGAAAGAAAAGAUUUAUGUGGUGGCCGAUAUUUUGGAAAAACGCAUAAGCCUAAAUUACAAUCAAAAUAACAAUACGGCCGUCCAAGAGCAAAGAAAGGAAAGAGAAGAUGGUAUGGAUUUGCUGGAUAUGGAUACUAAUUAUGAAGAAAAAAAGAAAAUUUUCAGAAAUACCGUUGCAAUCGACCUUCAGGAUUCGUUGAUUUGA